AUGACCUUGGCACAUGAAGCUCAGGCUUCAGGAGGGUUGAGGGUCUCUGAGGAGCUUCGAGUAGGACCAUCUGGCAUUCGCAGGAGUUAUUACCUUCCUCAUCAUGGCGUAGUCAGAGAAAGCAGCGAAACAACGAAACUGGGAGUAGUUUUCAAUGGAUCAGCGAUGACCAGCUCAGGGAAAUCGCUCAACGAUAUUCUCCAUACAGGGGCCAAGCUGCAGCACGACAUAUCUGAUGUUCUUCUCUGGACUAGGCAGCACAAGGUCAUCUUCAUGACGGACAUCACCAAGAUGUUCCGUCAGAUCAGAGUCCAUGAAGGCCUCUGCAGCAGAUUUUAUGGACCGACUCAAAUGGAGGACUCUCAACGUAUCAAUUGA